AUGCAUCGUCUUUUUACUGGGCUGCAGUCAUCUAUUACCUUCACUGAGCAAAACCUGGCAGACCGAGUUCGGUAUAUCUUACGCUCAAAUACAUUUGAUGGCGCCGAACUCGAACGCCUACGACGUGAGGCUGUUUCCUCAUCAAAUGAAAAUGCUACGACUGAGGAUGCGGUGCCACAAGUUGCAGAACAACCCGCACACGUGAAUGCCGCCGUGAAUACCCCAGUGGUUCCUGAUUCAAAUGAUGAUGGAACAUUCAUCCAGGAACUAGAAAUAGAACAAAUGAGGAGUACAAUGGAAGAGGCGAUUGUGGAAACGCGCAGUACGCCUCUCGAAAAUCGACCGCUACUGCCUCGCAUAGCCCUAAGCAAGUGGAAUCGGGCUGUCGUGAGGGCUCUGAACCCAAUACUGGUGACCUAUUUGGAAGCCAGCCGGGACCUUUGCGAUACGGACUCAAUUCUUUUUGGCGCCGCGCUGGCAGUCUGCCGUACUCUAGGCGCCAAGGUUUCCACGGCUGGACGCACUACUGGCCAAAGUAGCGCUAUCUAA